AUGGUAUUUUGUUUAAUAUGCGACACACGUCCAAGCAAACCAAAGGCAACAAUUAAAAAUGCAAUUGAACUAUCAUCAAAACAGUUUCCACAAUUGCCGAAACAAGGAAAAGUUGCGUGCAAUAAUGUGAUCGAGAAAAGUCAAGCUGCAUCCUACAGCUCGGUCAUAUCAAGUCAAAUAAGUUACGCAGAGAAGCUCCAAGAAGCAGUCAAUAUUGAAGGACUUUUCAGGAAAUUAACUUUCGCUCAGGAAAAGUUGAAAAAAAUCCCAGACAUAGAGAAGACAAUCAAUGAUUUCUGCAACUUCGUGGACGAACUUGCAGAAACCCCAAACACAAAUGCAGAUCGAUUCAAACUAUUUCUCAAGUAUGACAUUGCUAAAACGGAGAAUCAAGAUUCUGACGAUGAGUCAGAAGAGAAAGAAAAAGAUGAACAGAUGAAAGAGCAAGAAGAGGACGUUUUGAUUAAAAUGCAACGGAGGUUUAACAUCUACCCAACAGAUGGCACAUACAAAAUAAAGAUAAUUGCGAUCAUUGUAUUUUUUGGAAUAGUGCAGGUCUUUAAAUAG